GUUAUUCCCAGCAGUAAGAACCAGGAGCACGGCGCCAACAACAACACUGGCGUCCACGACCCGCUGCCCCAGCACAUCAUCCCGGUCGGACUGAUCCCCAUUCAGAGUGGAGGAGAAAGGCCAAACAACCGAAUCGCAAAACUACUGCCCUCUACUGGUGCAGAUGAAGCUUCGACAUUGGCCUGCCGUCAGAUUUAAUUUUUAGAUGCUGCCCAUGUGGCAGUUGGUUAAUUUUACUAAACACUCUAAAUCUCGACCCUCCAUAACUCUACUUGCUUAUACGAUAAUAUGAUAAAAAUAGAAACGUGCUUAUCUCCCCGCUAUUUGUUUACGUUGACGUUGAUACUUUGAUUUGAUUGGUGUGAAGCCAAGGGCCCGAUGCAGAGGUGGCUUCCCUUGGAACCCUGCUGACUAAUCACAGGAGGGCAGUGUCAUGACGAGACUCAUAGAGAGAUCAUCGAACAGCGACGAUGCACAGGAAGACAUUGUUUUCUUUGCCGACUCAAUUGACCCCUGCUUCCAACAUGAUGGCCGACAGGGAGUUCUUCACCGAGGUGACCAGGCUCGUCCCCGCCCCCCCUACUGAGGCCAAGCCACCGGGCCUUAACCCCCGCUACCCUCGUGGGUCUAGGCUGCCCCGGUUGGCUGCCCCAGCUGGUGGCAGCAACGAGAGGCUCGUCCUCCGCCCCCCUACUGAGGCCAAGCCGCCGGGCCAUAGCCCCCGCUACCCUCGUGGGUCUAGGCUGCCCCGGUUGGCUGUGGCUGACGGCCAGGAAGCCUGGAUCACGGCGGCCCACCCCGACACCGUGUCCCCCCGUGCACUGGCUCUGGGUGCCGCCUCGAGCCAGGAGACUUCCCCGGGCCAAAGCCCCCCAGAAGUGGCUGACCCUGACCACCAUCGUGGGGUUAGGCUGCCCCGGUUGGCUGCCCCAGCCGCUGAUGCCAAUGACAGGAUCGUCCUCCGCCCCCCUACUGAGGCCAAGCCACCGGGCCAUAACCCCCGCUACCCUCGUGGGUCUAGGCUGCCCCGGUUGGCUGUGGCUGAGGAGGCUGACGGCCAGGAAGCCUGGAUCACGGCGGCCCACUCCGACACCGUGUCCCCCCGUGCACUGGCUCUGGGUGCCGCCUCGAGCCAGGACACUUCCCCGGGCCAAAGCCCCCCAGUGGAUCCAACUGGUCCUCUGCGGGCCGCCCCGCUGAGCUCCUCCCCCUCGUCCUGGAACGCCGCUGCCCCCUCCCGCCGUCGGGCGCUCGGAGGCGCCGAGGCGGACCUCCCUGGGACGGAGCGCUCCCAGUCCGGUCGCGGCCAGAGGUCCCAGGCCCCGGGCAGCCCGCCGGCCUCUGACGUUCCUGAAGGCGUGGUGGGCAGAGGUAAGUACUCGUUCAGCCCGUUUCCCCCUGUGCAGGAGCCUCUGAGGAACGGCAGGAUCCAGCGGGAGAAGCUCCGGGGCCAGCCCCCCCACCAGGCAGGGGAAGAGGCCGGGCCCUCUGGGAAGCGGCAGAAAAACGGGGGCCGCUGUUUCCCCAACCAGAGCCUGACCGCUGAGCCCAAGCUGGAGGAGAAGCUGUUGGAUAGCAGAGAUGAGCCGGCCCAGGGCUCCCUCAGCGGCCCCCAGCGAGACCCAGCAGAGCCCCCAAGGCCCCGCCCCUUUGCCAAACCUGAGCUGGCCAUGACACAGAGCCUCACUCUCAUCAGUUCAGAGAACUGGGAGGAGAAGAUGGAAGGGCUCAUGGUGCUGCGCAGUCUGGCCCAGAACCACGGGGACACGCUGCGCCCCAGGCUCCGCGACGUCUGCCUCGCCCUCGUGCAAGAGGUGAAGAACCUGCGUUCGGGCGUGUCCCGCGUAGCCGUGUGCACGUUGGGCGUCCUGUACUGCCACCUGCAGCGGGACAUGGACAAGGAGGUGGACACCACGGCCAGGGCGCUGCUGCACAAGGUGGCCGAGAGCAACGCCUUCAUGCGGCAGGAAGUGGACGCGGCGCUGGGCCACAUGGUGCGGCACUGCACGCCGGCACGCUGCAUCAACGCCUUCCUGGACGGGGGUUUGAGCCACCUGAGCGCGGUGGUGAGGAAGUGCGCCGCCCAGCACCUGGCCGAUCUGCUGGAGAGGUUGGGCGUGGCCCGCCUGCUGUCCGGAGGGAAGGACGUGACGGACAGAAUCCUCCCGGCCGUGGUCAAGCUGGCCCUGGACUCCUCCCAGGAACCCAGGUCCUUUGGCCGCCGGAUGUUGCUGUUCCUGUCCUCCCACCAGGACUUUGAUAGCAUGCUGGAGAAGAACAUCCCCACCAAGGACCUUUCCGCCGCCCGCAAGACGGUCAGCGGACUCGAGGCAAAGGGUCUGGGUGAGACGCCCCAGACCCCACCCUCGCUUCCCGGCAGUGGCACCGUCAGGGCCUCGACGCUCAAAAGGAAGCUCCCGAAACCGACCAACAGGGAGCCCAACAGCAAGUACAGCUCCAAACCUCAGGGUCACAUAAUCGAAGACAAGGCUGAGUACAUCAGGCAGCUCACCGCUCUGCUGGAGUCCAAGGAGUUCAGGGAGCGCAUCAAAGGCAUCGACCAGCUGGUGGCCGACUGCCAGGACAACCCCAGCAUGGUUAUCCGCAGCCUGUUCCCGGUGUUUGACGCCUUCAGAGACCGCCUGCAGGAGUCCAACCGUAAGGUGAACCUGUACGCCUUGGAGGCCCUGCAGGAGAUGGUGCGCCUGCUGAAGGACGACCUGUCCGGGGUUCUCAACCACCUGGUGCCCGCCAUCGUGGACAACCACCUGAACUCCAAGAACUGCGCCGUGUACUCGGCCGCCACAGGGGCCCUCUGCGAGCUGGUGCUGAACCUCGACAGCAGCCUCCUCCUGGAGCCGUUCUGCUUCAAGGCACGGGCUCUUAGCGGCCAAGCAAAGGUGGAACUGAUCGGGAAGGUUGCAGAGCUGGUGACGGAGCUGUACCCCCGCCGGCCCCAGCUGGUGGAGCAGAAGGCGCUGCCCCUGCUGUGGUGCCUGCUGGGCCCGUCCAGCGGCAGCGUGCACCGGGCGACCACCAGCCUGUGCCGAGCCCUCCACCAUCAGAUGGGGCCCGGCCUGCGGCAGAGCGCCGUCUCCCAGCCCCCGAGCGUCGGCAGGGACCUCAACCAGCUGCUGAGAACCAUGUCCUGAAUAAAAAAUGACGUAAGGACGGGAACAAGAAGACUCACUGCUCUCUUUGCACUUUUACAGCCUGGAGGAACACACGACUCAAUCAUCAUGCAGAACAGCUCUGUUGGUCUGCGUCUCCAAGAAGGCGCUGUGGAAGAUGGCUGGCUCCUUGGUGAUCAAGGUUACCAGCUGAAGCCAUGGAUAAUGACCCGCUUAACCAACCCGAGGACCCUGCAGGAACAGGCGUAUAACCAUGCCCAUGUGCGUACGAGGAGCACCGUUGAGCUUAAGGGUGCACUCACACUAGGCCAUCUGGCCGUGGCCGUGGCCGUUUUCACACCGGAUCACUUGCGUCCCGAACC